AUGGUUUGCCCUUUCCUUGCUCCAGCUCGGGCUUCCAUACCGAGCUUUCGAGGUUCCGAAUCUUCAAGGCUGUACAUCAGAGUUAAGUCAGUCUCAGUUGCUCUAAUUGUUCGAGCUCUCGGGUUCUCUCGGACUUUGAGAUCAAUCGAGGACUUUAUGUCGACAGGAACAGAGCCUGCCCCACCUCCUGAUGAUGUCUUUCCACAUAUGUUUCAGGAUAUUGAAAGUUUAACUUUCACUUGUUCCAUUGCUCUUCAGAAUGCCUCGCUGGUUUUCCUGGCUUCUAACAUUAAAAUGGAUGAGAUCAAGCCCCCGAAGAACUUAGUUCUGUCCCGGGAGAGUAUGCACGCCGCCUUAGAUGCCCUUCUGGCUGGGCGCCACGUGUCUGAGGUCGCUGCAGAGGUGGCUCAAGUUGUUUCUGCCAAGAAGGUUAGCCGGCCUCUUGCUAGAGCUUCUUCUCGGGCUCCAAAGUCGAGCUCCCAUAGUGCCAGACCCUCUCGGCCAUCUGGUCAUGGCAGGUCGGCCCCUGCCUUGAAACAUGUUCAGGAGGCUAAAUCUGGUCAGGGUUCUACGGAGGAUGUGGAGGGAGCUCCCCUAGCUGUUGUGAAGCAGGCAGGGGAUAUUGGACAGACGAGGACGGAUCUUGCUCUUCCUGUUGAGGAGGCACCAGGGAGGAGGUUUGAAUCCCCUAUUAUUGAAGAGGAGGCUCCUGGGACAGGACUGGAGAUCAUUCUUGUUGAGGAUAGUGUCCCGAGGGUUCCUACCAGAGAUGCCCCUGAAGAGGUGGGGUCCGAUCUUACCAAGGACGAGGAUGUCAUAGAGAAGGUAGGGGACAAACGUCCUGCCUCCCUCGAAGUGCCAUCCCCAGCUCCAGCCCAGAAGAGAUCCAAAGCUUCUAAGGGAUCAGCUCCAGCUCUCCCUCCUAUGGGAAAAGAGAAAGAAGUCCCUGUGAUACCACUACUGUCUGCUCCUGAUAACGACAUUCUGAACGUAGAGGAUAUCACUCAUCAAUCCCCAGCAAGCGUGGUUGCUGAGAUUGUCAAGGAACGGAUGUUCGGUGGCGUCUUGGAGGCUUCGGAUCUGCGCUUGCUUGCUCUCACUGGUCUCUUAGCCAGCUCUACUAGGGAGCAAGCAGCGUUCCGUUCCCGACCUCGAGGGGAGCUCGUAGAUACGAUUAGGGAGAUGCUCCUAAUGGUGGAUGCCCGCGAUCACUCUCUCCGAGAAUCUAUGGACCGUCGGAUAGAGGAGGCGCGUCUGGAGGAGAAUUUGUCUGCAACUAGUGAUGCUAGGGGCAACCUUACAGCAGCUCGAGCUCAUACCCAGUCCCUCCAGGCGGAGCUGCAUUCUGCCUUGGAGGCCCUCAAAAGAGCUGACGAGAGAACGACUGAGGCGCAAGAGCAUACCAAGUCCCUGGAGGCAGAGUUGUCUCAUACUCGCAGGGUUCUCAAGGAGUCUGAUGAGAGGGCAGCUGCAGCAGAGAUUCGAAGUGAAGAAGUUUUGAAGCAGUUGUCCUCCCUGGUGGAGACCCUUCGUGAAAGGGAUGAGGCUAUAAGCCAGAAGGAUGAGGUCCAACGCCAGUAUAAGGCCCUGAAAGCUGAUUUUGAGGGGCUUCAAGUUCACCUGAAUAAGCUUAGCCAUGAAGUCAGGGCUUUAGAACGUAAAUGUUCGGCCCUGCUCGAGGUGGUUAGACAUGCUGAGGAUAAGAUCCAGCUGGAGUGCGAGAAGCGUCUGGAGGAGUAUCAGGAGUCGGAUGAGCUGAAAGGAAAGAUUGAGCGGGCCUGUGAAGCUCACCUCCAAGACUAUAAGGAUUCCUCUGAAUUGAAGGCGGUUAUAGUUGAGGCCUAUGAGUUGCAUCUGGACGAGUAUAAAGCCUCUGGGGGGAUGAAGACUGCUAUUUGGCAGAAAGCCUUCCGCAUGUUCAGGACUGGCUACAAUAGGGGUUUAAGAGAAGCCAGACAUGCUCCUGAUACUCCUCUGGCAAAACUUCGAGCUAGAGAAGUGGAUUCUGAUGGCGAGGAUGUUCUUUAUGGGGAAGAUGAUUUCCCUUUGCCUAGAGGAACCUCUCGCACUGCAGCUGGGUCUUCUGGGGAAGAGUCCGAGCAACAGGGGGACAAUAUGGAGGACUUCGGGACUGAAAGCGAUGACCCCAAGCCUGAAGAGGGAGACCCUGGCCCAGGGUUGGAGGGUGCCAGAUCUCCUCCGGAUGUAAAUGUAAAUAAAGAUACUAUAGGUGAUGACAUUCUUAGAGAUGUAAGUCCCUUAAGGACUGUUUUUCCUUCAAACUCAUCAGAUAAAUAA